AUGGCAGCUCAGCCUGGGAACACUACUUUUGCACCCAACGUCAGUCCAGCUCAAGACCAUACCUCCUCCCUCCCGUUCAACUUCAGUUACGGGGAUUAUGACCUCCCUCUGGAUGAGGAAGAGGACAUGACCAAGACUCGGACCUUCUUCGCCGCCAAGAUCGUCAUCGGUGUGGCACUGGCGGGCAUCAUGCUGGUUUGCGGUGUCGGCAACUUUGUGUUUAUUGCUGCGCUCGCCCGCUACAAGAAGCUCCGCAACUUGACCAACCUGCUCAUCGCUAACCUGGCCAUCUCGGACUUCCUGGUGGCCAUCAUCUGCUGCCCCUUCGAGAUGGACUACUACGUGGUACGCCAGCUCUCCUGGGAGCACGGCCACGUGCUCUGUGCCUCUGUCAACUACCUGCGGACAGUCUCACUCUACGUCUCCACCAAUGCCCUGCUGGCCAUCGCUAUUGACAGAUAUCUCGCCAUCGUCCACCCCUUGAAACCACGGAUGAAUUAUCAAACGGCGGCCUGCCUCAUCGCUUUGGUCUGGGUGGUGUCCAUUCUCAUCGCCAUUCCCUCGGCGUACUUCACCACAGAGACGGUCCUCGUCAUCGUCAAGAGCCAGGAGAAGAUCUUCUGCGGCCAGAUCUGGCCGGUGGACCAGCAGCUCUACUACAAGUCCUACUUCCUGUUCAUCUUCGGCGUGGAGUUCGUGGGCCCCGUGCUCACCAUGACCCUGUGCUACGCCAGGGUGUCCCGUGAGCUGUGGUUCAAGGCCGUCCCGGGCUUCCAGACGGAGCAGAUCCGGAAGCGGCUGCGCUGCCGCAGGAAGACGGUGCUGGUGCUCAUGUGCGUCCUCACGGCCUACGUGCUGUGCUGGGCACCCUUCUAUGGCUUCAGCAUCGUGCGCGACUUCUUCCCCACCGUGUUCGUUAAGGAGAAGCACUACCUCACCGCCUUCUACGUGGUCGAGUGCAUCGCCAUGAGCAACAGCAUGAUCAACACUGUGUGCUUCGUGACGGUCAAGAACAACACCAUGAAGUACUUCAAAAAGAUGCUGCUGCACCACUGGCAGCCCUCCCACCACGGGAGCAAGUCCAGUGCCGACCUGGAGCUCAAAACCAGCGGCAUGCCGGCCACGGAAGAGGUGGACUGUAUCAGGCUCAAGUGA